UAAAUAAAAACAAAAAAAAAUCUCCCACUCAGAUCACGACCAAAAACAAACAUAUACAAUCAUAUGUUAAAUAUUUUUUAAUAAUUUUAAUUUAUUCUGUCCACAGUCAGAUUUCGUUGCCUCAUGGCUUUGAAAUGCGGAAAAGUCUACGGUGGCCAUUGUAGCUUAUUAGACGGUGUUGUUUGUUUCCGGGGAAACAGAGGGAAAAGGAGGGAAAUAAUGGGACGUGGAGUGAGAUUGCCAGGCAUCGAUAAAGAGUUGCAGAAGAUACUCGAUGCGGAUAUGGACGAAGCACCGGCUAGACGACGCGCUCGUGAAGCGUUUAAAGAUAUCCAGCUUGGAAUUGAUCAUAUAUUGUUUAAGUCAUCUUCUGAUGGAUUGAAAAUAAAGGAGUCAUUUCAGGUUAAUUCUAGAGGAUUGGAAAUUUUCACAAAAAGUUGGCUUCCAGAGACCUCUUCCCCUAGAGCAGUGGUGUGUUAUUGUCAUGGUUAUGGAGACACUUGCACAUUUUUCUUUGAAGGUAUUGCAAGAAAGCUGGCAUCAUCUGGAUAUGGAGUUUUUGCAAUGGAUUAUCCAGGAUUUGGUCUUUCAGAAGGUCUUCAUGGCUAUAUUCCCAGUUUUGAUGCGCUAGUCGAUGAUGUAAUUGAGCACUUUUCAAAAGUCAAAGAGGACCCGAGCAUUAGUACUCUACCAAGCUUCCUGUUUGGGCAGUCAAUGGGUGGAGCUGUCGCCCUGAAGGUGCACCUAAAACAACCCAAUGCAUGGAAUGGCGCUAUUCUUGUGGCACCUAUGUGCAAAAUUGCAGAUGACAUGGUUCCACCAUUGGUAGUGAAGAGACUAUUGAUUGGGGUGGCCAAUUUUCUUCCAACAAAAAAAUUAGUUCCACAAAAGGAUCUGGCUGAGGCAGCUUUUAGGGAAGUAAAGAAGCGGGAGCUGACAGCUUACAAUGUUAUUGCUUACAAGGAUAAGCCACGGUUGAAGACAGCUUUAGAGCUGCUCAGAACCACUCAAGAGAUAGAAAAGCGAUUGGAAGAAGUCUCUUUGCCGCUGUUAACUCUACACGGAGAGCAUGAUAUUGUAACAGAUCCAUCUGUAAGCAAGGCAUUGUACGAGAAAGCUCGUAAUCCGGACAAAAAGCUUAAGCUCUAUAAGGAUGCUCAACAUUCUCUUCUUGAAGGUGAGCCAGAUGAAGUGAUAAUUCAAGUUUUUAAUGAUAUCAUUUCUUGGCUUGAUGAGCAUACAAAGAAACAAUUACCUGCUGAUUAGUUACCUAUUAAUUCAAUUACUGCAUAAACAUUGAAAAGAAAAAAUAAAAGAAAAAUGAGUAUGCUCAGAUUGUUUUAUUGUUGAAAAAUAAGGUCCUUUUCAUGUACAUAAACAAUUAAAACAUUGUAUUUAUUCACAUUUUUCACUUUGAAUCAAAGGUUUUUACCUUUGACAGUCAGUUUUUAAUAGGAAAGGUCCAUUGAGCUUGUUUACAAUAA